AUGCUGAUUUCAUAAAGGCAACCACUCAUUUAGUUUGAUGAUUUUAUGUCGUUUUUGGGCAGUUAAUGGAUAAGGUUAAAUUAUUUGAGUUAAGCUCAAUCAAUUGAAUGCCAGAAUGAUUUCGUAAAUUUUAUAGACAAAAGCAAAGGAAGAAUCAAAAUCGAUUAGGAGCAGUUAGCGAAGCUAGAGACAACUAAUUAAAAAAUUCAUAUACUCACCCUCUUUAUUUAUGGAUAUUAUAUCACUUAUAUAGAAAAAUAACUAUUUUGUUACAUUUUCUUCAAGAAGUUCAUCAACGCAAUUGACAGAAUAGAAAAAAAAAGUUUAGAACAUUUGUAAUAGAUCAUAGAACCUCAGCAUCCUAUUUGCAAAUCAAUUUUGCUUGAAUGUAUUAUAAUGCUACUUCAUCAAUCAACCCAAUUACUAGAAACGACUGAAUAAAAUCAAAUGGAGGAGUAUGAAGAUGAUUUCAACGAUAUUCCAGAAUGCAAAUUAUUUUAUAAGUAGGCUUACAUACAUCUAGUCGAUUAGAUGAAGGGGGCCUUGUUUAAAUGCUACAAUCAAGGACAAAUAUUGAUCACGAUAUUCAUUAAUUAAUUAUUCUUGAGUGAAGAGAUAUAUGCAAAGAUACAACAAAAGCAUGUAACUAAAGUUUUAUUGAAUGAUACAAAGUUCAUAAUUGAAUUAAUGGAAGAUUAUAUUACUAGUUCAGAUAAACCAAUCCAUACUACGAGAUAAAUAAUUAAACAGACGUUUCUAUCAAAUCAUGAAAGAUAGGGUAAAAUAUCUUAAAAAAUAUUUAAUAAUUUAUAGAAAUUAAAUGAUUAAACUAUUUUAUCCCUCAAAGCUAUUAAAAUAUGGUUGAAUUCUAAAAACCAAACCGUCUUUUAAUAAAUAAUAUAGUUUUUAGAAAAUACUUUUGAGAAUGCGAAUUUUAGCCUCUAAUACAAUGAAUAAUGUAUCAAGAUAUCAUUUGAAAUAUUAAGUAAUUAAUAUUAACAUAUUGUAGCAUAUAUUUAGUCAUAAAUUUUGUAAGACAACGUCAAUUUUACAGAAGAAUUGCAAAAAAAUUUGAUAUAAAUCUUUCAUAUAUUAUGGAUAACUCUAGAAUAACAAACCAAUCAUCAGCUCGAAGAUUAGAAGACAGAAUUUUGGUUAAAUUACAUUCUUAAAUUAAACUCACUCCUAAAUCCCUUAACUCCAAAUUCCAAAGAACCAAAUAACAUAAAAGAAUGUGCUGGUUUGUAUCUUAUCUUACAUGAUCAUCACAAUAUUAAUAAGUACAUUUCAUCAUCAACAGCUAUUUUGCUUCAUUUCAUUGAUCAAAUUUACCCUUUAGAUCAAAGUCUAAUUAAAUAAAGCUUAUUGCUUUAGAAAUUAAUUAAAUCAUCAAUUGAAUUCCUAAUUGAUCCAAUCUUAUCUGAUAAUUAAGAAAUCAUGAUAACUAUUUAGAAGGUCUUAAAAUAAGUUCAUUUUAUCAAUCCUCAAUAAAAAAAAAAUAUAUUCCAAUGUAUUUGGACUAAAUUGAUGCCUGAAAACCGAUUUUAUUUGGAAGUGUUAUAAAAGGUUGUAACUCUAUAUUUAGAAAAUGAAGAUCAAAUUUUAGGAACCAGAAAUAGUUUUUUUAUAUCAAUUUUAGAAAUGGAAAGUCAAAAAAGGAUUGUUCAUCCAUAGAAAUUCUUAGCACUUCUUUAAAUUUGUUAAUAUCUUUGUCUUGAGAAUGCUCCAAUUAAUAUAGAAGAAAUAUUCUCUUAAAAUGAUUCAAAUGCUAAUUGCUUGAAAUUAAAGUAAUUUAAAAUUAAGAGAAGCUUCUAAGAGUUCUUUUAAGUUAAUAAUUAUUACAAUUUAAUCAUAAAUCUUAUUUCUGGCACAAGCAAUCCUAAUAAUUUAGUCUAAUAAUUAAAAGAAUUUAUUAAAUUAUUGUGGUUAUUAACUGAAGGACUCAAAUUAUGUUAGGUAGAUUUUGCAGAUGAUUUUGUUUAAUUUCUUGAAUAAAAACUAUACUUAUUUACAGAUGAUUAAAUGAGAGAGCUUAUUGAACUUCUAUUCGAUUGUUCUGUUUCGAUGAUAAGUAGAUUUAUUAGGCAAAUGAAUGUAUCUAAUACUGCUGAAUAAUACGGUGAAAUUAUGAUCCAAAAUGAAUUCUGUUUAAAAGUAAAAUAAUUGUCAAUUAUUAGGUCCUUGUUGAAACCUUUUUAUUUAACACAUCUCCCUCAGAAUAGUUAAGACUUAAGUGCCUCUAAUUUUUAGGUAUUCUGAUAUCUAUGAAUGAUUAUAAUAAAAUGAUAUUUAGGGAAGCUAUUCGUUUGUCAGUAUAAGAUAUUGUAUAUUAUUUAGAACUUCUUAUUGUGUAUGAGAAAUUAGAAGAAUAAGAGUUUAUAAUUAUCUAUGGAAGAAGUCUUAAAAAGAUCUUUAUCGUUUAUAAGAGAUGAAUAAAUACAAAAAUUAAUUUAGAAUGCUCCUAUAGAAUCAUAAAAAAACAAAGUAUUUAAAUAAUCUGCAUUUUCAUAAUACGUGGGUACUACUUUGGAAAAUCUAUCAAAUAGUGGUUCGGAUACCAAAUAUAAAAGAUAUUUCUAGUUAUUAGGAAAUGAUAGUGGAAUCAUUAUUAGGAAUUAUAAGGAUUUGUGUGUGAGUAAAUAAUGGAAAUCAUUUACAAUUUUAAUGGAAUUCAGAAAAGAAGGAUUCCAUUUUAUCAAUUCAAAUGCUAAAACACUUGAUGAUAUCUAUAAAAAAGAAUAGAUACUCUUUGCAUACACUGGACAUCUAGAAAGACAAGAGAAAGGUAAUCACCAAGGAAUAUCAUAAAAACAAAAUAUUGUCUAGGUUGAUUUAAUCACGGUGUCAUUGAUCAAUCAAAAUUUACUGUAGGAAGAUCAAUAAAAUAAAAGCCAGCUUGAUAAUUUGAUAAAAAUUGCAAUACUCAAUUCAGAAUUAUAAAUAUAAGAAUUUACAAUAAACUACACAUAGCAAUCAAAGGAUGAAACUAUAUUAUUUAUUUUUAUGUUUGAUGAUAGAAGAAAAGGAGAAUUUAUAGUUUAUAUUUAAAAUUAGAAGAAACAGACUUUUUCAGUGAAACCAUUUUUAUCAGAAUACAUAAAAAAGCAUUCUGACAAACAUCCUCUUAGUGUGAAUAUUGGUGCUUACUAUUCAAACUAAUAGUUUUAAAGAACAUUUUAGGGAAUCAUAAACAAUUUUAUUCUAGUUGAAAACAUCCUAGUGGAAAAGCAAAUUGCAGCUAUUUUUUCAAGAGCUUAAAAAAGUUUAGUAACUGCUGUAGAGGAGGAAACUAUGAAUUUUGGUGAUGAAAUUCAAAGUAUAAUUAUUAUUUAUACAAUUAGGUAGGGAAAUGUAGUACUUAGAAUUUGAUAAAUUUAAGUCCAGUUUUUAAAUUGUAGAGAUUAAAGAUGUUUUGAAGAUUACAAGGGCUUAAAAUGUAUAAGAUUAAAAUUUCCUAAUGAAUAUGUUAAAGAAACAGAUAUAGCAUAAGAUAAGUUAUGAAUAGAAUUAGGAAGCUAAGGUAUUCUAUUAAGGAGCCAAUAUUAUUGAGGAUACAAGUUUGGCUGAAGUAUUCUUAAGUUUAGAGAAUAUUGAAAUCAUUCUAUUCAUCAUAUCCAUUACAACGUAAACCUAUUUUGAGAUUGAACCCUAGGAAAGGAGAUCUUGCAAAAUAAGAAGCGUUAAAGAGGUUUUGCAAAAUGGAUCUACUUCAAGCAAAGGUGUUUUUAAAAGAACUAAUCAUUUUGACUCUCAAUAACGAUAAUUAUUUUUAGUAAAGGAUUUGAGGAAAUGCAGAGAUGAUUACAUAAACUGUCAAUAAUAUCAAUUGAAUCUAAAGAAAUAAAAUAGUUCGAUGAUAUCAUAAGGUGAAUCUCCUUUAUAAUAAAGAUAAAAUUUUAUCUAGUUGGAUUAAAAUAGUUCUAAUUCAAAUACAAAUUCAAUAUCAUUAGCUUCGUAAAUUUAGGUUGCUUCAUAAAAGAACAUCGAUUAAUUAGACCAAACUUCAUUAUUCAAUAUUCCGAUUACAUAAGUGUAAAGUACUUUCUCUUAAGAAUUAUAAUCACCUUUUGUUAUGAAAUCUAAUUAAUCUGAAUAGAAGUAGAUUUCUCCAGGGGAAGUGCCAAAUUUUGAAAUUCCAAGUUAGGUAACUCCCAAAGAGAAGUUUACUCUAGAGUAGUUUAAUAUUGAUAGAAAAGUGUAAUCUCAGUUUGUUGGUAGAAAAAAUACAAGAAACUAAACAUGUAAUAUUUCAGCAACGAAGGCAUUUCAUAUGAAUUAGAAUCUAAAAAAUGCAGUUGAAAUAAGGAGCGACAAAAAUAUCAAUUGGAAUCAAUAACAUAGCGAGUCAAUGAUUAUUGAUUCUAAUUUGUAUCAUUGUGAAUGGAUUAGGGUUAAGAUGUAAAUCUAUGGAGAAUUAAAAAUAUUAGAAAAAGGCAAGAUCAUUUAAUUUCAAAGUGAUGGUUCAGAACGUCCUGAAUAGGAUUUCUACAUCUAUGGAACAAUAGUAUUGAAAUACAUAAUAAUAUUAGCCUUAUAAUUUAAAGAAAUUGAAGAAAACCAAAAUUAUAAACUCCUCUUAAAUCUUAGAAAUUUAAACAAGGAGAUAUUCGCACAAAGAAAUUGCUAUCGAAAUAUUCUGUAAAAACACAAAGUCUUACUUUUUUGUUUUAUACGAUUAAGAUAGAAGGACACAAUUCUUGAAUCAAAUUAAGUAGAACAAUUUAUUCACUGUUGUAAUAGAUAAAAGGGCAGGUAAAAUGUUUGAUGAAUUUUAGAAUUUUUAGCAAAAGAAUAUACAAAGAAAUGGGUGAAAGGGAAAUUGUCUAAUUUUGAGUAUCUAAUGUUAAUCAAUAAGUAUUCUGGCAGAUCUUUUAAUGAUCUGAAUCAAUAUCCAAUAUUUCCAUGGGUCAUCAGCGAUUAUACAAGCAAGAGUAUUGAUUUAGUAAAUUUAAUUAUUUAUAUGAUAGACCAAAAGAGAGACAUACAGAGAUAUGGAAAAGAUGAUUAGUGCUUCAAAUGAGGAGAGAUUAAAAAACUGUAAGAUUAGAGCUGAAUCUUUGAGGCAAACUUAGAAUGAAUAUUUUUUAUUUGGAUCUCAUUAUAGUGUAGCUGCAUAAAUAAUUAAUACUCUUGUGAGAUUGGAACCGUUUACAACUUUAUCUUGUGAAUUGUAAGAUGGCAAAUUAGAUCAACCUGACAGAAUAUUUUUCUCGGUUUCAAACAUUUGGUAAUCUUGCUAAAAUGACAAUUAAGAUUAUAGAGAACUUAUUCCUGAGUAUUUUUACUUGCCAGAAUUUCUGAAGAAUAUCAACAGAAUACAAUUUGGUCAAAGAUAAAAUUAAGAAUAGGUAGAUGAUGUUGUAUUACCUCCAUGGGCUUCUAGUUGUGAAGAGUUUAUUGAAAUAAAUAGACAGGCACUUGAAUCUAGUUAUGUAAGUGAGAAAUUGCAUAAUUGGAUUAAUUUAAUUUUUGGACCUUAUGCUUAGGGGGAAGAAGCAAAAAGAAGAGAUAAUUUAUAUCAUUGGUUGACCUAUGAUUCAUGUUUAAUUUACUUAGAGAAAUUGUCAAGUUAAGAGAAAUUGGGAUAUUUGGCUUAAAUAUAAUAGUUUGGUUAAGUCCCUUUUCAAUUAUUUGUUAAACCGCAUUGGCCAAAACAAAAGAUAUCGUUAGAUCUAUUUUCACCAACUAAUUUAAUCAAAUUAUUGAGUGAAAAAAAGUUUAUCAAUUCUAAAAGAAUAAAGAAGUUUGAUAAAAAGUUUGUUAUAUAAAUCUAUAGAGAGAGUGAGAACCUUCAUGUUCUACUGAAUGAUAAAUAAGUUUACAAAAUAAAGUAUAUAUUUUUGAUAUCUAACAAUUUAGAUAGUACAAUAAUUCGGAGAGAAGGGAUAGUGAGGAGAAAUUGACGAAUGCAUAAACAUUUUCUAUUAGGGGGAAUGAGAAACUGCAUUCAAAAGGAUUGUCAUUUUAAUUUGAUGAUCAUGUCUUGUUUGUUUGUGGAUAUUUAAGUGGAGCAGUUUAUAUCUAUAAUUUACUAACGGAUAAAUCUUAAUAGGAUCAGAUUUGCCAAAAGAUUAAAUUACAUAAGAAAAGAGUUACUUGCUUAUCAUAUUCAUCUAAAUUAAAAAUACUAUGUUUGGGAGCAAAGGACAAUAGAGUUACCAUAUGGAAUGCAAUUUUAUGUAAUGAAAAAUAAAUUUCAUUUUAAUCUACUCCAUCUUUAAUCCUGUAUGGGCAUGAUAAAACUAUCAAAUGUGUUCAUAUUGAUGAUACUUUGUAGGUGGUUUUAAGUGUUGAUAAAAUUGGGAAACUACAAAUCCACUCUAUAAUUUCUGGAUUAUUUCUUUAGGAUUUUAAACUGUAUUUAGCACAAAAUGAAAAAGUAAAAAAUAUUGUAACUAAUGGCAAUGGACUAAUAGUAGUAUACACUAACCAAAAUUAAAUUCUAGCUACAAGGUAUUCUUAUAAUGUAUAAUUAAUAGAGUGAAUGGUUUGAUUAUUUAGAAGUAUUUUUAUAAGAAUAUUGGCAAUAUAACACAGAUAAGUUCGUUUUUACAAUCACAUUUAUUGGUAUCGACUCUAAGGGGGGAGAUACUCCUAAUUUAAGACAUCGCCAGUUUACCUGAGUAGCCUCCCAUCUUUUUCCAUUUGUAUCAAAAUACAUCCAAUAUUGGAAUCGUAACGUUCUCAUCAUGUACUUUCAAUUUCAUAAUUAUUAGUUAUUGAGAGUGAAUCCUUAGUCUUUAUAAUAAGUUUGAUGGAUGGGACCUUGCAUCGAUAUGUGAUAAGUUGUGAAUAAAGUAACGUUAAUAUGUAAUUUUUAGAUGUUGAAUUUUACCAUUAUCUAGGCAAGUUAGGAAUGUGA